GUUCCAGGGAUGACAAAGUCCUUUUUCUUUGGUGAAUCACAAUUGAUACAUGCUGCUGGAUUGGAAAAUGAUAAUCCAGAGGAGCAACCAUCACUAGCUGAACCUCCGAUUAUAUCUAUAGAUGUCUCUCAUUUGUAUCAUACUGAUCAGCGUUUCCCUUUGAAAGAUGAUCUUAUGAAAUGGGUUCGCGACAUUUCUAUGGCAAAUAAUUUUGUUUUGGUGACAACAAAGUCUGAUAGUGGUGCGAAGGGAAGAAAAGAAUAUGUCAUUCUGGGGUGUGAGAAGCAUGGUGCGUAUAUUCCCUACAGAGAACCGGAUCUUGUUGAAGGAACGUCAACACAAAAGACAGGUUGUCCUUUUAGGCUAAAAGGACGACGUACGAAAGAUGAUAAAGGUUGGUGGUUGCAGGUGAUGGAGGGUAGACACAUCCAUCUCGCAGCUGAGUCACUAGUUGGCCACAAUUACGCUGGUAGACUGAAUAGUGAGGCGAAGCAGAACGUGAUAAAUCAGGCUAAGACUUGGAACAAGACCCAAAUCCAUUCCUCCGCCAUUGCAAAGGUCAAAGCAACAACUCUGGCAGCUCUCGUCCUCUCAUUCCUGGCCCGGCUGGCGCCAUCCAGACUGCCAUGUAUGCCCGUAGAUCCACCCCUAACACACCACUCAUUCCGACCUAGGAAAUCGUGA